UCCACCAGGCCGCCAGCCCGUAAACCAGACAUGUCCAACCUUGUGUCCCAACUCUUCAAUGGCCAGGUUCAGCUCGUCCGGGACCCCAGGACUAAGAACUGGCCCCUUGCAGGCAAUGUACCGUUCAUCUCCGUCCUCCUCGUCAGCUACGUGUACCUCGUAAAAGUCGCGGGGCCGAGGUUCAUGAAGGGCCGCCAGCCACUGCAGAACCUGCGGCCCUUCAUCAUGGCCCACAACCUGUUCAUGGUGCUGGCCAACGUCUUCUUCAUCUACCAUAUCGGCAAGAGGUCGUACUUUGGCGGCGGCUACAACUGGUUCUGCCAGGGCCUCGACUACAGCCGUUCGCAGCUGCACUUGGAACUCAUCAACCUGAACUGGUGGUACCUGCUCGUCCGGAUCGCCGACUUUCUGGACACCUUCUUCUUCGUCCUACGCAAGAAGGACUCCCACGUGUCCCUGCUUCACGUCGCCCAUCACGUCCUGGUUGUCUUCAGCGGCUGGUUCGGCGUCACGUACGGCUCCGACGGGCAGACGGUGUUCUGUCUGCUCAUCAAUAGUUCCAUCCACGUCGUCAUGUACACGUACUAUUUCCUCUCCUUGCUCGGGCCUGCGGUCCAGAGGCACCUAUGGUGGAAGCGUUACCUCACUCAGCUGCAGCUCGUGCAGUUCGUUCUCAUUUUUGUUCACUCCAUGGUUCCAACGUUCGUGGAUUGUGGCUUUCCGGCAGUCCACCAACUUAUCAUCUCGAGUCAGGUCAUCUUUUACUUUGUCAUGUUCAUGCGAUUCUACAUCAGAUCGUACACUGGCAAGACGCGAGUCAAAGGCACCUAGCAAGUGUCGAGAUUUUCCAUGAUCACGGUCUUAGCCUUGUUUCCGUAACACAGGUUCCGCCUCGAGUCAAACAUCAGGAACAUAUAUACAAUCAUCAGCUCAUGUGAACACGAAAAGUCGUCCCGAGACUUGAAACUUGAGCUAAAAGAGUGAGAGUAAUUCUUCGUGCCUUGCAAGCUAUUAACCCUGCGCAUGUUUGUUGUCUUCAACCUAGAGCGGCUUAUUCCCGUGAUAUUCUGUUUUUAAUAGAUGACUCCAACAAAAUGUCAUGCAUAUGCCACAGGGUACCGUUUUUGUAUUCAAACUUUUUUUUUCUAUUAUGGUUUUCACUUCCCUUCAUGGCCUUCUUCAUACUGAUCGUUAGGUCUGGAGUUGCUUGUUCUUAUUUCCGACGUCGGAAGUUUUAUGCCAUUAAUUAUAUCAUCCCAACGAAACAUUGUGUGCAGUAUCACAUAUCAGGAGUAAUUUUUUGAUAUUGUAGAUUACACACAGAAACAUCUCGCUACCCUGCUUAAAAGCUCUUUCAGUGGGUGGUGCACAAAAAAACACCCAACCUCAAAAAGUCCUAUGCCAUAUAUCCCGCAUUGCUGUCGGUUUUCAUGGUUGUCGGAAUAGGUUUCUAGAUAAAAGGCGGGCUCUGCUAAUACCGCCUAAAAGACAAGACUUAUUUCCCCCAACACGUUCUAACAACACUAAUGUUCACCUCAAGAACCGUAGUAAAAAAAGUCUGACUCCUCACGGACCAUUCUUAAUUUUCGUCUUUGUGUAGGUGCAUUUUAGAUUGGGUAUAUAUUACCCUACCAGACGUAUGCGGACAGCAAGUCGUCUGCUUCUUGCGCAAGACUUGUGGUGACGUCAGAACGACGCCGAGCUUUGAUUGGCUCUGAUCUAAGCAUUUUGGGUAGACCUCAAAGCAAGCUGCCUUGAGGUCUACCCACUAUCCUUCAAUCAGAGCCAUUCCGAGCUCGGCGUUCUGACGUCACCACAGCCCUUGCAAAAGAGGCAGCCGUGCUUAUGCGUGAUUGCAGAUUGGGGCGGGUCGGGGGUCCACUAGCGAUGACGUCAUGGGCAGGCCUUGUCUUAUAUGUGUUAUUACCCCCAGGAGCCGACGAGCGUGUAGCGCGACGGAGCUGCAGAUUUUCGAGAAGAACAUGGCAACAGGUGAACGAAGUUGAAGACAUCGCGCAUAUGCCCUUGUCCCGAAAUGUGUUUCGCUGUUGUUUCGUCGCUAUUUGUAAAAGACAGUGCAUGCACGGUAUCGGGGACUUAAUGUUCGGUCGUUUGAGUUCAGCUUAACUGUUUUGAGGCAGAUAUAUGUCGUGUGUCGGGACACACAUGCUAGUCAGAGAGACUGUUUGCCGAAUGAAAUAUCACUGUAAAGUGUGUAUAUAGUAGGAGUUCGACGAGCGUAAGAUUGUACGUAUGUUACUGUAAAAAUCGAUUGUAAAUAAACAUUGAAAAAGUCUGUUUACGUUUUA